GGUGCCGUAGCUAAUCGAGUCGCUCUAGAAGCAUGUGUACAAGCUCGUAACGAAGGGCGUGAUCUUGCUCAGGAAGGCAAUUCAAUUCUUCGACAGGCUAGUAAAUGGAGCCCUGAACUAGCUGCUGCUUGUGAGGUAUGGAAAGAGAUUCGCUUUGACUUGAAACCAGUGUGGAUCCAAAUGAGAAAAAAGAAAGAGAUAAUAAGGAGGCUCCUGUAG